UAACGAUAGUUAGCCUCUCCGUUGGCCCGUCAUGUCGCGCCUGUUCUCCGCAUCGAAGUCAUCACGAUCCUCCUCGCUGCCAACCACAAACCCUGCAGCUUCUGGACAGCAUACAGCCGCCAGAGCAGACAGAAGAGACCUGAAACCGACUCUUAAGAGUGCUCUCCCCCCCAUGCAUCCUAAUACCGUCAUACCACCUCCUCCAAUAUGCUCAACUCCAGCCAAAUCCAACCCCGCAUUCCAGAAUCUCACUCCUUAUCCGCAUGUUGCGCCGUCUAUAUCGACCCCCCAUCCUCAUGUCACUAUCAGUCAGGUGAAGACUGCACAUGUACCCUCGUUAAUGCGAAUCACCGGCCUGCUUCUCCCAGUUCGAUACCAAAACUCCUUCUACACCGCCACUAUAACUGACCCCUUUAUUGCGUCCGUUUCGCGUGUGGCUCUAUAUCACCAGCAUCCACUCACAAAUAUCUACGGGGCAGCACAUAUAACAGCCAAGGGUCUGUCUUCCUCUCCCUCUUCUCCAGUAUCCGGAACGGACAAAGUUAUCGGUGGCAUACGAUGUCGUCUGGAACCAGCUACUCUACCUCACCCUUCCUCUACCAAGGCAACAGCAUUGCGGCCUGUUGUCAACCUGUACAUCCAAACCCUGCAUCUUCUCUCUCCCUACCGUGGAAACGGUAUUGCGGCGUCGCUGUUAAACUCUCUCAUCUAUGCUGAGGACUCGGACUCUUCGAAAGACGUGUCCCAGUCAAACGGAGGCCGAAGGGAAUCAUCACGUCGUGUUUCCAACAUGGUCAAGCAUUAUAAUAUUCGGACUGUAACUGCGCACGUCCAUGAGACCAAUGAGGACGCUUUAUCCUGGUAUGCGGCUCGUGGCUUCACUGUCGAAGAUAACGUACUUGAAGGUUACUAUCGCCGCCUAACCCCCGGAGGUGCAAGAGUAGUGAAACUUGAACUGAACUGGGAUGAGGAGGGGAGCACUGAUGAACAUGACUCUAAAACCUGCAAUGAAGAUGAUGAUUGGGAGAAGGUAGAGGUACACGACAUAGGUACGGGGGAGAAAAUAGAUGACUACCAGCAGGUCAGUCGCAGCUCUAUUGAUGAGGCGGAGGCCAGGCAGGAGAAUGCUAAGAGAGUACGGAGAGGAUAA